AUGACGUGGUGGACGACGACAACGAAGUUGACGAAAGUGGUGUCCCACCGGUCGAGCGACGGACAGAACCUGAUGUCCUUGAGCGGUGGCGAACGACGACCGUCACGGCGGCGACAGUCGGUCAUCAGCCGAACCGCCGGCGACAGUAGGCAGCAGGGGCUGACCACCGUCGUUCUUCAUAAAUUGACAAUGGCCACCACGGUGGUUGUGAAGCCGAACCCGGGCCCGAGCUACCGUAUUGUGACAAAAGGUACUACGGUGGUAGGCGUUGGGGUCCCACCCGGCUGGCUUGCUAUUCGGCAGCAACUGCGUGGGGGCGGUUCGAUCAGCUAA